AUGGGUAAAGAGAUGAAAGGUUAUUUUGUGGGCCCGAUGCCAAUCGGGGAAUUUCUCGAGGAGUUCCUCCCGACUUCUCAAAUACCCGAUUAUGACCCUUCGUCCUUCACUUCAGCCCUCGCUGCUGGCGCAUUUACCGAUAUUAACGCCAUCAAACCUUUCGCUCCUCAAUUGUCGUUUGUCGACACUCAUAAUCAUGCGGACACGCAGAACUGCUCGAAAAUAAAUUCAACAGUAUUCAACGUCAAGCCGGACGUCUGCGUGUAUCCUGGUGGAUAUGAACCUUCAUCGCGCAACUGCGAUAUUUCCGCAACAGAAAUCAUCAUCGAAUUCAAAUGGUCAUACUCCCACGACGCAUUCUGCGAACCUUCUGGAGCUGAUAGCGUUGUAUCCCAGACAGAGAAGGGUAUGGACACGUUGGGACAAAUAACGAGCUAUACUGCAGCUCAGCUUGGCACCCAAUUCCGUACCCACGCAUUCUCUGUCCUGAUCGUGCGUGAUCGCGCUCGCAUCAUCAGAUGGGAUAGGGAGGGAGCUAUCGUCACCAGCGCCAUCAAUUACAAUAACGAGCCAGACUUGGCCGACUUCUUUCAUCGUUACGCACGAGCAUCACCUGAAAUGCGUGGUGUCGAUACUUCUGUAACGCUUGUUAGCGACAAGGAGGCUGACCUCGCAAGGUCACAGCUCAAUAUUCCCAGUACCACUCGCAUGUUUAAAAUCGAAGUCCCUAAUGUCGAGGGCUCUGGCUCCCUCACAUUGAUCAUUCCCCAACCCAUUACCAAACCUCAUUCGCCUGUUGGCCGCUGGACACGCGCGUGUCCUGCAUUUGACCUUGUCAACAAGAAGCUCGUAAUGUUCAAGGACUCUUGGCGGGUAUCGUUACCAGAUGUCUUACCGGAAGGCGAGACUUACAAAUUAUUGAAGUCGCAUAAGGUUUCCAAUAUCGCAAACUGCGUUGCAUAUCAUGAUGUUCCCCCGUCUAUCCCUCAGCAGUCCACUCAAACCGCUAAGUUCGGACACGCUGAAUGGGCAAGUUCGCAUUUACUUCUCACUCCGCACACUCUUCACCGUCUGGUUCUCGAUAUUGUGGGCGAAAAAUUGACUGACUUUGAGAGUUCUCGUCAAUUUAUUCUGUCUGUGCGUGAUGCACUGAUCGGUACGUAUUUUUUCUCAACUUCAGAUAACAUAUCUUAUUCAUGA